UGACUCGCCUUCAUCGUUUAAAGGGUAGUGCACGUGCAUGAAACGAAAGUGAAAGCACCACCAAGUCAAACGUUGACGUUUGUGGCGGUGUAGCCUACAGUUUAUAAAACGACGUUUUCAGCAGAAAUCAAAAGACAAACAAGGAACUGCAGGUUCAGUAAGGAUUAAAAGACAAAUCCAACACAUACUUCACACUGUAUGUUAUUACUCUCUCACAGUAUUACAUAAGCACCAAAAUGCCAAUACAAUUUAGUGGAUGGAAGUCCUACAGCGAGAAAUCAAAGCACCUUAAAGCAGGUCAAGAACCCAAAAAAAGCCACGGCUACAUUAUGUACCACGGGACACACAAAAGCAAUGCUACAGCUAUCAUUUCAUCAGGAUUCAGAGCCUCUAGUGGAGGAACUCUGGGCCCUGGAGUCUACUGUAGCAGGAACAUUGGCAAAGCCAUGGGUUACCCGGGAUCCUGUGCUCCUGGUGACAGAGUUGUGUUCAAGCUGCGUGUGAGAGUAGGUAAAGUGAAGAGGAUAGACUCCCAGGGUUUGCACUUAAAACUCAGUUGGCAUCAGAAUGGAUACGAUACAGCCUGGUUGCCAGCCGCCGUUGCUGGAAUGGAAGAAGACUGCGUUUGGGACCCAAAGCGAAUCACUGUGAUCGGAAUAGCACAUUGCACAGAUACCAGCACUAAGAGUUCCUUGGAGAGUCUCAUAAAGCAACAGGGACAGGUGCCGAAUGGGAAUGGGAAAAGUUUGGAUCAGUGUAAGGGAUGUGGAAUGCAGACAAAAGAUAAACACACAAUGGUGAAAUGCUGGUCCUGUAAGGCAUCCAUAUGCCCUUUCAUGGAUAAGCAUGUCUGCCAAAAGAACUGAGGGUGUGAUUUUGUUUGUUUAUUAGUUGUAAUUUAUUUCCAAACCAUCACUACAAAAAUGAACAUCAAUCAAUGUUUUGGCAAACUGUAUUAACUGUACAUGUGUUUCUGUGUGAUAUCAUCAUUACAUGGCUCUCUGGAAUACUUGUGUCGAGGCAGGUCUGAUCUACCCAGUCUCCUGAGGAUGCGUAUAAAUAGCACGAAGUGUAAAAAUUGUGCAAUACAUACGCCAAAUUCCACUUUGGCGUGCAUAUGAUACGCCAGUCCUUCCCAUUCACUUAAACGGUGCAUCUUUUUUUGUCGUUUUAUUUAUUGGUUUCUCCAUUUUUUUCUGUUUUUUAAAGGUGCAGUGUGUAAUUUUUAGAAGGAUCUCUUGACAGAAGUGCAAAAUAAUAUACAAAACUAUAUUAUCAGGGGUGUAUAAAGACCUUUCAUAAUGAACCGUUAUGUGUUUAUUACCUUAGAACGAGACGUUUUUAUCUACAUACACUGAGGGUCCCCUUACAUGGAAGUCGCCAUUUUGGGCCGCCAUUUUUCUACAGAAGCCCUUAACGGACAAUUUUACUAAGUUGUAUCCGACAAUGACAUGUUUGUCCGGUGGCAGCUACCGUAGCUUCUCUAUGUGUUUCAAAAGCGAGGGGUGAGCACUGGACUAAGGCGUUGGUUGCAAUUCGCAACCUUACCACUAGAUGCCGCUAAAAUGUACACACUGCACCUUUAAACCAUUUUCGUUUAGGGUUAGAUUUUAGAUUUGCUUAAUGAGGUUAUUUAAUAUACAGGUUUCUCCAUGUUUUUGUCCAUAUUUAAGCCAUGGUCGCUUGGAGUUGGGGUUAGAGUUGGGGUUUGGGUUAGGAUGUCAUUUUUAUAUAACAAAAAGUUGUUCUAACCCUAAACCCAAGCGAAAAUGGUAAAAAAUAGCAACAAAAUUGAGAAACCAAUAAAUAAAACGACAAAAAAAGAUGCACCGUUUAAGUGAAAGGGAAGGACUGGCAUAUCAUAUGCACGCCAAAGUGGAAUUUGGCGUAUGUAUUGCAUGAUUUUUACACUUCGUGCUAUUUAUACGCAUCUUCAGGAGACUGGGCUGGAUAUUGCCAAUAACAUCAGUGCUAAAACUGAUAACACGCCGCUCAUCCAGGUACUGCAAGUCAUCUUUACCAAUCCUCAUAUGUUUAUUGAAUCUUUGCUGUCUCCUUUCUUAUGUUGGCAAAAUAUUUUUAAUCAAUAUUUCAUGUCCAAUUAUUUACUUGUGGCAAUUAAUAUUGAUAAACAGGAUAAUGUACAUUCAGUUGAUUAUCAUAGAAAAAUAUCCCUGACACUGAAACUGUAAAAUUAACAUAACAAUAUGGCUAUUGAGCUAAUUGUAUCAGAAAGAAAUAUAAUAAAUUGUUUGUAUAUGUAAAAUAUUUUAAAAGUAAAAUUUUAUUUAAAUAAAAUAAUUUAUCGUUUAAUCAUUAAAGACAUUACAUGUCUUUCUUAUAUUUUUGCUUAUCUUUGUGGCUCUGGACUAUUAUUUAACUAUUAUUUGCCUUUCACCUCAUGUUUUCUUGUAAUCUUGAUUAGUUUCUUGUUUAUUUAAGGCCUCAAAUACUUUUUGUUGUUUGUCACGUCUUGUUUUGUAGGUUGUUACUGGUGACAUAUUAAUAAAUAUCCUGGAUCCAGCUGCAUUCCUGUAUGAAUACACCAUUUUACA